UCUUUUACCCAGACUCCAACCUGAACUCUGGUCCCCUUUCCAAACAAUUAGGGCUGGGAAUUGCCAGGGACCUCAUGAUACCAUCAUGAUACUUGGGUGCCAAUACGAUAAGUAUUGCGAUUCUCACGGUUCUAUAUUUAUUGCGAUUCGAUACUGCAAUUUGAUGUUGCAAAAAUAUUACUUACUAUACAGUGCCUUCAGAAAAUAUUCACACCCCUUGACUUUUUCCACAUUUUGUUGAGUUACAGAUUGCCACAAUCGAGUCAAUUUUAAAUUAUAUUGCCUGCAUACAAUACCCCAUAAUGUCAGUGGAAUAGUUUUUUUAUUAUUCAUUAAAAAUUAAGUUAAUAAAUAUUCAAACCCUUUGUUAUGGCAACCCUAAAUAAGUUCAGGAGAAAAAAUUGUCUGAACAUGUCAUGUAAUAAGUUGCAUGGUCUAAAUUAUUAUUAUUAUUUAAAACAAAUACAAAUUGGAGUCAAAGUAUCAAUACAGUAUCUGCCCAAAUAAUAUUCCGAUAUGUAACUAUCGAUUUGAUUUAGAAAACAACUUUCUAAAUGUCAGGGGAAACGCCAAACUCAAUCUGAGUAAACAUUUUCUCAACGCCUUUUACUGUGUGCUUUGUUUGUUGAUCUCUCUUGCGGAGAUGGUUUGAUAUUGCAGUAGUAAGCGGUUGAAGGAAAUCUUAUUGUUUCCAUGACUUAAUUCCUGAAUGAGCGCUGGUCCCUUGAUCUCUGGCUGCAUAAUAGGAAUUAUGGAAAGGAUUGGGUUCACACACAGCAUGUGACCUUCUAUAACACGGCCAUUUUAUUUCAACUUGACUGUGUGCAUAUUACAUUAUUUGAUAAAUGGUGGCAAAAGCAGUCAGAAAUGGUUUUGUGUAUUUAUUGUCAUGAGAAAGAACUUGAUGUUUUUGCCAUUGAUGACCUGUGAAGGGACUAAAUAAAAAGUUUUCUUCCCCUUAAUGAGAAGUCCCUUGUCAACAAACAAAGCUGUCUUCAGCCAUGAAAGAGGAGACGUUUCACUUUGCCAAUGGGUUUGACCAAGUGGAAGAUGUCAUCGGUGUGGCCCAACCUGUGCGCUUUAACAAGAAGUGCCCUAGUGGGUGGCAUCACUACGAGAAGACAGCCAGCUGUUACAAAGUGUACCUGAGGAAUGAGAACUACUGGCAGGCUGUGGACACGUGUCAGAAAGUCAAUGGCUCUUUGGCGACAUUCGUCACCAACGAGGAACUGCAGUUCAUCCUCAAGAUUGAGGUGGAUUUCGACGAGGAAGUGUGCGAGCGCAGAGACCAGUGCAAGUUCUGGGUGGGUUACCAGUAUGUCAUUACCAAUCAGAACCAUUCACUGGAGGGCCAUUGGGAAGUGUCAUAUAAAGGGUCAAUGCAGGUGUUCCUGCCGCCAGAGGGCCUGACUAACUUUGGAGAGGCAUCUCCGACCCAGGACAACAUCUUCUGUGCCCAGCUGCAGCGCUUUCAGAUCAAGAGUAUGAACGAGCGCGGCCUUCACAGCUGGCAUGCCGAGAACUGCUACAAGAAGUUCCCCUUCCUGUGCAAGAGGAGGCAGACAUGUGUGGACAUAAAGGACCAGGUGGUGACUGAGGGGUACUACUUCACCCCUAAGGGGGAAGACCCGUGCCUGAGCUGCACAUGUCACAACGGCGAGCCAGAGAUGUGUGUGGCUGCGCUGUGUAAUCGCCCGGAGGGCUGCAAGAACUUCGGCAAGGACCCCAAGGAGUGCUGCAAGUUCACCUGCCUGGACCGGGAAGGCAGCAGCUUGUUUGACUCUAUGGCCAGUGGGAUGCGUCUGAUCGUCAGCUGUAUCUCGUCCUUCCUCAUCCUCUCUCUGCUGCUCUUCAUGGUGCACAGGCUCCGGCAGCGCAGACGCCAGCGCAUCCAAACACUCCUUGGAGUUCACCAUUUCAACCUUGGGCGGCGAGUCCCAGGCUUUGAUUACGGCCCGGAUGCUUUUGGCACUGGCCUCACUCCCCUGCACCUCUCUGAUGAUGGAGAGAGAGGCGCAUUUCAUUUCCAGGAACCUCCCCCUCCCUACGCUGCCUAUAAAUACUCUGACAUCCAGCACCCAGAUGACCCCCCUCCUCCCUACGAAGCCUCCAUCAACCCCGACAGCGUCCUCUAUGUGGACCUCGCACGCCAUGGCGUUCAGAUGAUCCCUAGUCAGAUGAGGGACGUGGUAGAUGCCAUGACAGACGCCCCAGCGCCACCUGUCCCUGUGCAAAUGUCCUUCCAGGAGCGGGAAGACUCCAUGGACAGCAGCACCCUACUGGUGGGGCCUGACACCCCCACAGACAGCCACGCCCCUGACUCCAUGCCUGUAGACGGCAGCAACAGCUCCUCCCUCAGCACCGUGGUAUAGGACUGGGGGAGGGGGCUGCUCCCGUCUGGACCCACGCCCCUGACACCAUGCCUGUAGACUGCAGCAACAGCUCCUCCCUCAGCACCGUGGUAUAGGACUGGGGGAGGGGGCUGCUCCCGUCUGGACCCACGCCCCUGACACCAUGCCUGUAGACUGCAGCAACAGCUCCUCCCUCAGCACCGUGGUAUAGGACUGGGGGAGGGGGCUGCUCCCGUCUGGACCCACGCCCCUGACACCAUGCCUGUAGACUGCAGCAACAGCUGCUCCCUCAGCACCGUGGUAUAGGACUAAGGGGGGUGGGGAGCUGCUCCUGUCUGGACCCACACUUUGAGAGAGGAAGGCAGUGGCAGACUGGUCUAUCACAUGGGGUCUGUUAGUUAGAAGAGACUGGGAUGGGAUGGAAAAAGACGGUGUAGAAACAGUAUCAGGGUAGACUGAAGGACCAGUCCACUUCUUGAGGUGUGAGGAAAAUCGGACUGGUGUGUUUCUUGAACAGGUGAACUGAAACCAAGUGGGUGUUUGUCAGAAACGUAACCUCUACAGUUUAACUUAAAUGCAGUGGAUCAGACCGCUUUCGUAUAGGUGAACAGAUGGACGAGUAAGACAAUCAAAUGGAUCUGGAAGACUGAUUCUGUACAGAGAAGACAAACACUACACCAGGAUGAGCUACUGCUUUUAGUUUUCAUUGGACAAAGCUUUUGAAUUAUUUGUUUUGUUUGAGCUUCAUGCUCAAGAUUUCCCCCAAUAUAAACACUCCCUCAAGCCUUACACAAGGUAAUAAUGAAGGGGGAGGUAGAUGGAUCCACUUCAGCUUAAGUCCUUUGCGCUUCUUAAUUUGCAUCCUACUGCUUAUGUCCUGGAGGCCGAGGCAGAACUUAGAUUUUCAGUUAUUGACAAUGACUCGCAUGACUCUGCUCUCUCUCCCAAGUCUCCUCCAUGAAUUAAAUACAUCGUUUUCCUAUCCCAAGCAUCGCCUCUGAACUUGGAUUUUUGCCCUCUAAUCAAUCUGAUAUACUAAGAUGUCUUCGAGAUUGAUAGCACAAUGGUAAAUAGAACAAUGAGAGGUUCUUCUACAAGAGGUUUUUCAACCUUGCAGAAAUAUUUAGGUAUGGUUAUUGUUAGCUCCAGCUAACACAUGUGUUGAUGAUGAGGUAAAUGUUACAACUUUUACAAGAAUCUUGCUACAAUAUUGCAUUUUGUUCAUUAAUUUUUGUUGAUGUCCAUUGGUUGAGUAUUGUCCUUUUCUUGGGUAAGAAAUAGGCUGGGAAUUGUUGGGACCUGAACAUAGAUGAUGGGUCCCUCAUGUUUGUCAAUGAGUUCACCACAAGAAAGAGAAUGUCACUGGUGAGUGUGAAUUAAGGUUAGAGCUUCAUGUGUAGCUUGUAGCAAUGGUUACUUGCUGUUUUGUACCCAAUGAAAUGUGUAAAAGUAAACUUAUUUAGAUGGUGUUCUUUUCAUUAAAUCAUAUUAAUGAUUUAAUACUAAAUUCAUUGGUAAAACAAUCUGUUACUUGACUAUGUGUGAGUGUAUGUAUGCACCUGUAUAUAAAAACCAAACUUUGUUUUUUAACAUUUUGCACAUCACCUGUUUGCCAAGUAGCUCUGUGCAUUUGCUUUCAAUGUCAUUAAGUAUUUUAAAACUGAAUAUAUUUUGCAAGCAUAACUGAUAACGUGGGGAAGUGUAACAAACAUCAAUUGUGACAUUUUUGGAAGCUGCAACUGGAUCCACUGUAAUAUAUUUUCUUGUCAAUGUACAUUGUCAGCUCAGUGUAUUUUAGUUUGACUAUAACAAAGGUGAUAUGAUAGCAAAGGUGAUAUGACAUUGGAGGUUUACCUGGUUAGGUUCUAACGGUAGCCUAUAUGGCAUUGGGUGGCCAACCCCCUUUCUCAUGUUUCAUGAUAAUGACAGACAAAGAAAGUCUAAUGUAGUAAACAAAAAAACUACUAGGAAAGCCACAUAAUUUGACCCCAUUGUGACUCAAGGUGUAAAGACCUGUGAGAGCCCUGUUCAGUUCUUCUGUCGUGCUUGUUCACCUGUAGAGUUGAAAGGCCAAAGGAGAUAGAAGGCUAUGAUGGCAGGCCUAUGAAAGCACAAACACCCCUAUGAGGGUUUUGGAACUACUUUGGUCUAAGCCCUUACCAGCCAGGAUCUACAAAGCAUGGUCAUCUAUUUGGCUGAAGUCUAUCACCAGCAGCACUGAAAUGGGGUGAAGAUCCGCCUUGAGAAUCACAGCUGUGUGUGUGUGUGUACACUGUGUUUAUGUACAGAUGUAUGUAGCAUUGCAUCGUCAUUUUAAAAAAAAUGUUAUUCGGUAGGUCUCAAGUUGUUUAGUAUUUUUUUUCAGCAUAGACAAUCCUUUUGUGGAUUAUCCAAGGAAAUUAUGUUAUGAUUUGUAAAAAAACAAAUUUAUUGUAAACUUGGUGUGCAUGUAUGGGGGAUGGUGUUUUGGAAUCAGAUCUCAAUCUUUGGACUCCCGAGUGACGCAGUGGUCUAAGGCACUGCAUCUCAGUGCUUGAGGCAUCACUACAGACACCCUGGUUCGAUUCCAGGCUGUAUCACAACCGGCCGUGAUUGGGAGUCCCAAAGGGCGUCGCACAGUUGGCCCACCGUCGUCCGCGUUUGGCCGGUGUAGGCUGUCAGUAAAGAAUAGAUUCUUAUUUACAAUGACUUGCCUAGUUAAAUUGAAUAAAUAAUCAUCUUUGGUGUGAGUGUGUUUUCAGCUUGUAGGACCUGCAGUGCAUGUUUUAGUAGAGGCAUGAUGAGAGAACAGAAUUCUAAUUUUCAUCUUGGCCCAGGUUUAGCUUACAGAUGCUUGCCUACAGGUUGAUGUAGAUGAAUGCAUUGGAACCCCUGCUGCAUUUACACAAGUUGAUUUGCUAUUGAAAGUCACAAUGGUGGUGUGAAAAAACAACUUUCAAUGUGUUAUAAAAUGCAAUAGCUGAUAUUUUAAUUCAUAGCUUUUAAAUUGUAAUUGUUUGCUUCUUUUGCAGGCGUCUGUGUGUUUUUCUGAGGUAGAGGUAUAUCUAAUUAAAUGCCAAAUAAAUUGUACCAUGAAGGAUAGCUGCCUGUUGUGUGUUAGGCCUGUAGUGGUAGCAGAGAACUUGAGACCAUAGGAUAAAUAGGCCUACCGACACAUGCCUAGGCAAUACAUGCUUCAUCAGUCUUGGCAUAUGUCUCGGGAAAUCCCUCAGCCAUUGUGACCAAAUAUCAGGGGAUUAAGAUGAGAUGUGUGUUGCUGAUGAAGGGGAGCCCUGGAAGUUGUUAAGGAAUUGAAAUCUACAUCUUGGCAGUGAUGCUGAAACAAAAGAUGUAAGAUUUAUUAGUCAGACCAUAUCAAGCAUCAGUAGCCUAUUACAUCAUACAUCUGCAUCUGAGAGCGACAGCAGGUGGAUUUUAGGCCUAUACACAUACUGUAUACCUGUCUCUUCGACAGGUGCCCUUUUAUAGGCAGACCACUUGGCAAGGAUAUAUAGUACAAAAAAUACAUUGGAAAAAUGAACAGUGCUAACGUUUCACUCAGAUACUGUACAUUUUAACUUGUUACUUGUUUUCUAAAUAAAAGGAUUGACCUUACCAUUUGAGGGCAUUUGUGCUCAGCUGUGAGAUGCCAUGCUCUCCUCGCAUCAAUGUCCCGUUAUGUGACAUUCAUCAUUAAAGACCACUGGCAAUGACACUCCACUGACCAAACAGAAGGGUAAAAAAACUUGACAUUCACUUUCCCAGUCCUUUUUAAGCUUGGCAUUUGCACAGAACCCUAAGCCCUGCCUCUUAGAUUUUUAUUUUGACUUUAAUUAGACCUAUUGAGGUGCUGUGCUUGUUUAUUGGAAAAUUAUUUCCUGUUUAUUACAGGUUCUCACACUGGUGAGUAACAGGUUUGUUUUAAAUGUCCUUUAAAUUUUACAAGGUACACUACCGUUCAAAAGUUUAUACCACUUAGAAAUGUCCUUGUUUUUGAAAGAAAAGCAUUGUUAAACAUUGUUAAUGUCGUAAAUUACUAUUGUAGCUGGAAACGGCAGGUUUUUUAUGGAAUAUCUACAGAGGCCCAUUAUCAGCAACCAUCACUCCUGUGUUCCAAUGGCACGUUGUGUUAGCUAAUAUGAGUUUAUCAUCUUAAAAGGCUAAUUGAUCAUUAGAAAACCCUUUUGCAAUUAUGUUAGCACAGCUGAAAACUGUUGUGCUGAUUAAAGAAGCAAUAAAACUGGCCAGUCUCAAUGCCAACAGUAAAGAGGCAACUGUGAUGCUGGCCUUCUAGGCAGAGGUCCUCUGGCCAGUGUCUGUGUUCUUUUGACCAUCUUAAUCUUUUCGGACAGUCUGAGAUAUGGCUUUUUCUUUGCAACUCUGCCUAGAAGGCCAGCGUCCCGGAGUCGCCUCUUCACUGUUGAUGUUGAGACUGGUGUUUUGCGGGUACUAUUUAUUGAAGUUGCCAGUUGAGGACUUGAGGCGUCUGUUUCUCAAACUAGACACACUAAUGUACUUGUCCUCUUGCUCAGUUGUGAACCGGGGCCUCCCACUCCUUUCUAUUCUGGUUAAAGCCAGUUUGCUCUGUUCUGUGAAGGGAGUAGUACACAGCGUUGUACGAGAGCUUCAGUUUCUUGGCAAUUUCUCGCAUGGAAUAGCCUUCAUUUCUCAGAACAAGAAUAGACUGACGAGUUUCAUUAGAAAGUACUUAGUUUCUGGCCAUUUUGAGCCUGUAAUCGAACCCACAAAUGCUGAUGCUCCAGAUACUCAACUAGUCUAAAGAAGGCCGGUUUUAUUGCUUCUUUACUCAGAACAACAGUUUUCAGCUGUGCUAACAUAAUUGCAAAAGGGUUUUCUCAUGAUCAAUUAGCCUUUUAAAAUGAUAUACUUAUAUUAGCUAACACGAAGUGCCAUAGGAACACAGGAGUGAUGGAUGCUGAUAAUGGGCCUCUACACCUAUGUAGAUAUCCAAUAAAAAAUAUUUUUCCAGCUACAAUAGUAAUUUACAACAUUAACUGUCUACACUGUAUUUUGAUCAAUUUGAUGUCAUUUUAAUGGACAAAAAAAAUUGCUUUUCCUUCAAAACAAGGACAUUUCUAAGUGACUCAACUUUUGAACGGUAGUGUAGGUAAAUGUGUAUUAUGUCAUGGAAGAUAAGAAUGUACCCCUGCACCUUGACUCGGUACUGGUACUCCUUGUAUAUAGCCUCGUUAUUGUUUUUUUUACUAUUUCCUUUUAUUUAGCAAAUAUGUAUUUUUAACUCAGCAAUGUUGGUAAGUAAGCAUUUCACUGUAAAGUCUACACCUGUUGUAUUCGGUGCAUGUGACCAAUAAAAUUUGAUUUGUA